CGUUUUGUGCGUGACAAACCAGGAAAUAAAAGUAAACAACGCAUAGGUAGACGAAAGGGUUUUGUAGCGUCAGUCCUCCAUUCUCAAUAGGACUCUGUGAGUUUUUCUUAUUCAUAAUGCGUGAAGGAGUUAUAUCGCGAUAAGGACAGGGACCCAGUUAGAGACAGUCUGGAAACCGGUAAGACCCUCGUUGAGUUCAGACGAGUCGGGUGCGGCAGUCGCUAAUGAUAGCUAGCUGGAGAUGGCAAUUUCCUGUAUUAUUUGAAUUUGUUUACAGAUUGAAAUGCCAUCCCAACCAUGGCUUAAAAACACCUCCUUGGCGUUAGAUUUAGCUAUGUUAGCCAUCAGGUCGUCGGAGGAGGAGUCCACAGAGAUUGAGGAGAUGGACACCUCAGAGACCAACUGGUGCUGGUUCUACUUGGCUGAGUGUGGAGUGUGGCAUAUGUUUGAGAUUGAUCCAAGCGCAGCCUGCUCUGUGACUAGUUCUCAGAUUGAGCAAUGCUACAACAGAAACCAACGAGGUGUCAUGGAAUUCUACACAGCCAAGUACACUUAUAGACUGGACUUCUCAGUGAUGCGACAGAUAAAUGUAACGACAGGGAAGCAGCGGCCAAUCAAACGGUCCCUCCACUCUGCAACCGGCUUCAGGUUUAUUUGUGAUAAUCUUGCCUUGCCUGUUCCGUGUCAUUGGGAGAGAAUCAAUACAGAUGAGCCCUAUCAACUCAUCCAGCUGGGAAGAGACACCUAUGAAUUUAAAGAAGUCGCCAGACUGUAUGAAAGGACAAUGGAUCAUCCAAUCAAAUCCAUACAGAGGAUUCAGAACCUGGACUUAUGGGAAUUCUUCUGCAGGAAGAAAACACAGUUACGAAAAGUCAAGCGCACAUUGGAUAUUGAGGAGCGAAUGCUGUUUCAUGGCACGGGACACAGCAACAUACAAGCUAUAUGUACAUUUAACUUUGACUGGCGGCUGACAGGAAGCCAUGGCGAUGUCUAUGGCAAAGGGAGCUACUUUGCCCGGGAUGCCAAAUACUCCAGUAAAUUCUGUCACACCACAGGGAAGCACCACACCACCCUGCAGAGACACGGACUCGCCCCACCAAUAUUUGCAAGUGAACCAUCCUACAAGACCAUGUUCCUGGCCAGAGUGCUUGUCGGAGAAUAUACAGUUGGUCAUGCUAUGUACUGCAGACCGCCCUCCAAGGAUGCCAGCUUCACCAACUUUUAUGAUAGUUGUGUGGACGAUAUGGCCAAUCCAAAGAUUUAUGUCAUUUUUGACAGCAAUCAGAUUUACCCAGAGUAUCUGAUUGAGUUCUACUGAAACCUAACAAGAAGACUUUUCAUUGAAAUAUUUCGGAUACAGAAUCAAAUGACGGGGUGAAAAUUGUGAAAAAGAACCAUCUUAAGCGACAUUUGCCUUUUCGUUCAAGUCAGAUCCAGUGCCUAACUGGAGCAUGGGUCAUCUAAAGUGCCUUUGGGGGAAAACAACACAGAACAAGAAGAAGACAAUAAAGACUUUGUGUACAGUUUGUAUACUGUACAGUAUAUUCUAAGACGGACCCUUGUUGUCGGGAUGUUCCUGUGACGUAAAAACAAUGAAAAUACUGACUAAAGAUCCGUCUUUGUGGCAACUUUUGUAUUAAAUGCAAAAAUCUGUGCUUGCUUGUUUAAUAUCUGUGCACAGUUGUUUUAAAAUAUGAGUGGCACUUGCAACCUGUAGGUUCUAGGUGAUGUCCUGCCAUCAGCUACAGCCCCUACACAUCCACAGUGCCACGCAUGGGCUUAUUUACAAGUCAUGUAGACAUAAUUCCAAAUGAUGAAGCCAAAAACCACAUCAUGUUUAUUCCUGCUCAGUCUUUCAGCACCGUGACCCGUCAGUUAGGGACAUCAGCAUCUGUGUGUACCUAGUACAACAUUUUAUGUAGGCAUGGAUUUUUUUGUUUUUGUUAAAACAAACAAACGCUUCUACCUCUUUUUUUUUUUUUUUUUUUUUUUUUUUUUUAACUAGCAUCAGUGCACUUUUCCCCCUUUCCAUGAAAGGUUUUGUAAUUGUGUCACAAUGACAUAAAGUUGUGAUGUCGUGUUCACUUGUGGUCCUUGAGCAAUAUGUUUCUGUGUAUCUUUUCUGACCAUUGACCUCAAUCUUCAAGAGAAUUGACAAUGGUCGAGGCUGGAUUUUGUAUGCGUCUGUAUGUAUGAGCUCAUUCUAAACCAAAACAAGAUCAGUUCUCGCAUCACAUAUUACUUAAAACCAUCUGAGUGUGAUGUCGCCACCUGCUAAUAAGCAGGUUAGUUUUGCACCUGGAGUAAAUUUA